AUGGGAGAAGGCAUAGAAGACCACGGAAAGUAUAUACUGCAUUAUAAAGGAGAAACACCAGGACAAUACGGAGUUGGUUUUUUGAUAAAAAGAAAAUAUAUGGACCGAAUCGAGGAAUUGAAGGGUAUAUCCGAAAGAAUAGCAAUACUCAACAUCAAAUUUCCCGUACAAAAUAGCAGAGACGAAUUAUGGUCAAUUAUUCAGGUUUACUCGCCAACUGAAGCAGAUAAAAAACAAGACACAAACAAAAUAGAGGAAUUCUACCAAAAAUUACAAAUUACUGUUGAUACAGCUCACAAAAAUUUAAUAAUAAUGGGUGAUUUUAAUGGACAAAUUGGGGAAUGUCGUAGUGGCGAAGAGUACAUUGUAGGAAGAUAUGGCAAUGGCAAUAGGAGCAAAAACGGACAACAUUUGGUUAACUUCGGUUUAGAAAACAAACUAAGUAUCUUGAAUAGUUUCUUUAAAAAGAAAAAGAAUAAGAAAUGGACGUGGACCUCCCCAAAUGGACUCUUUAAAAAUGAAAUCGACUACAUUAUGACCAAUAAACCAAAAGUUUUUAAAGAUCUAUCAGUUUUACAUAAUUUAAAUUUUAAUUCGGACCAUAAAAUGAUACGUGCAACGUUACGAGCGUCACAUACAAAGAAAAGUCGAAGGCUGCAAACUGGAUUGACUCCCUAUGUGGACAUUAAAAAUAACUUAGAGAUAAUGAACAAUUUAAAAGAAUUUCUAGAGAGAAGAGAACAAAAGGAAUACAAUAAAACAAUUGAGGCGACAUACUGCUAUUUUGUAAAUACUCUCAAAACUGUUGCUCGAAAAGUGUCUACAAAUAAUAAAUCCAUACUAUCUACCGAAACUAUUAUAUUACUUAAAGAAAGAAAAUUGCUUUUACAAGGCAAUAAAGACAAAGAAACACGAAAAGAGAUCGCAGAAAUAAGUAAAAAUAUCAACAAAAAUAUCAGGAAAGACAGAAAACAAAAAAGGGCAAAUACUUUCCAAUAUCAUAUUAAGAAAACAGGCGGAGUGAAGAAAGCGUUUAAAGAACUAGAAUCGAAAAAGAAUUGGAUGCCAAAUAUUAAGGACAGACAAGGAAGAAAUUUCAACAAGGCGUUUGAUUCCUUGGAACACCACUACAUAUGGGAAUCAUUAGAACAACAAGGGGUCCAUAAAAAGUACAUACGUAUCCUAAAAAAUAUUUAUGGGAAAAGCACAGCACAAAUAAAACUUGAAAAAUUAGGUGAAGAGUUCCCAAUAGAAAGAGGCGUCCGUCAAGGUGAUCCUAUUUCGCCGAAAAUAUUCUCAGCAGUGUUGGAGUUGAUCUUUAGGAAACUGGAUUGGGAUAAUUUCGGACUUAACGUGAACGGAGACAAACUCAGUCAUUUGAGAUUCGCUGAUGAUUUAAUACUUUUCUCCGAAUGCCCGAUGAUUUUGGAAAGAAUGCUACAACAAUUAGCAGAUGAAAGUGCAAAUGCAGGGCUUACUAUGAAUAUAACAAAGACAAAAGUAAUGAGCAAUUCCUCACAAAAAAACGCUAUUGCAGUUAACAAUCAAGAGUUAGAAUACGUAAGUGAAUACGUUUAUCUGGGCCAAUUAGUAUCACCGACAGAGAGCAUGCAGAAAGAAAUAGAAAGAAGAAUAGCAAACACUUGGAAGAAAUUUUGGUCAUUGAGUGAAGUAAUGAAAAAUAAGGAAAUGCCUAUGGCGGAGAAACGAAAAGUCUUCAAUGUUUGCAUACUGCCAUGUCUUACAUACGGAUGCCAGACAUGGGCCUUAACUGAAAAACAACAAAAUAAAUUGAAUAUAUGUCAGAAUGGGAUAGAGAGAAGCGUAUUGGGAGUAAGAAGAAGGGAUAAAAUAGAACUAAAAAAGAUCAAAGGAGAGACUAAAUUUGGAAAAGUUCAAUCAAUAUGCAGAAAAUUAAAAUGGCGCUGGACGGGACAUAUGAUGAGAAAAAAGAAAGAAAAAUGGACCAGAAUAAUAACGGAAUGGUACCCUAGAGAAAACAAAAGAAUCAGAGGAAGACAGCCGAAGCGAUGGGAAGACGACUUGAAGCAAGUAGCUGGGCCAGAAUGGUUACGUACAGCAAAGGACAGAAGCAAAUGGAAAUCCUUAAAGGAGGCCUUUGUCGAAAGACAAGCUGUUAAGAGGAGAGAUAAGCCGAAUGCCGAGAUAUGUUUUAGUAUAAGUUAA